GCGGCGCUAUAAGGCGCGGUGCCGGAGCAGAGCGCGAGUCCGGGGUUGCGGCGCUGGGUAGAAUUCGCGGGUGGGCUGGUAGACGGGGCGGUUGGGGGGCGCCGCGCUACCGCCAUGGGUAAUACCGUCGCUAGAGAGGAUUUCGAGUGGGUCUACACGGACCAGCCGCAUGCCGACCGCCGCAAGGAGAUCCUGGCAAAACAUCCAGAGAUAAAAGCGCUGAUGAAGCCAGACUACAACUUGAUCUGGGUAGUUGUGCUGAUGGUUCUUGCCCAGUUGACUGCAUUUUAUCUAGUUAAAGACUUAGACUGGAAAUGGGUUGUCUUCUGGGCCUAUGUUUUUGGAAGCUGUAUUAGUCACUCCAUGACUUUGGCUAUUCAUGAGAUCUCUCACAAUAGUGCCUUUGGCAACAACAAAGCGAUGUGGAAUCGAUGGUUUGGAAUAUUUGCCAACCUCCCUCUUGGUCUCCCAUACUCCAUAUCCUUCAAGAGGUACCACAUGGAUCACCAUCGUUACUUAGGAGGCGACGGAAUUGAUGUGGACAUUCCUACCAACUUUGAAGGCUGGUUUUUCUGCACGCGUUUUAGGAAGUUCAUAUGGAUUGUUCUUCAGCCAUUUUUCUAUGCAAUUAGACCUCUCUGCAUCAAUCCCAAACCCAUUACUCGACUUGAAGUAAUCAAUUUGUUAGCUCAGCUUUCUUUUGAUGUUGUGAUAUAUUAUUUAUGGGGAGUGAAAUCCACUUUUUACAUGCUUGCUGGUUCAGUACUUGGACUUGGGUUGCACCCAAUUUCGGGACACUUCAUAGCUGAACAUUACAUGUUUUUAAAAGGACAUGAGACUUAUUCCUACUAUGGGCCACUGAAUUUGCUCACUUUUAAUGUUGGCUACCACAAUGAACAUCAUGACUUCCCCAAUAUUCCUGGCAAGAGCCUUCCACUGGUGAAGAAAAUAGCAGCUGAGUACUAUGACAACCUGCCACAAUAUAACUCUUGGAUAAAAGUACUGUAUGACUUCGUGAUGGAUGACACAAUCAGCCCAUAUUCACGCAUGAAAAGGCAUUUAAAGGGUGAAGUGAAGCAAGAUUAAACUUCUGGCAACCAAAAAUCUUUGAAAUGUCUGCUUGCUUUAAAGUGGCUGGUAUAAGGUCUCUUGCUUAAGCUGUUCACCAUUCCGCUGAAUUAAGAUCUACAGCAACAUAGCAAUGCACCCUUCAGGAUUUUGUAGCAGACUCCUACCAGCUGUAACAUUCCAUGCAGCCCUCAGAUUCAAGUUUUAAUGUGUAUUUAAUGUGUUUGCCUAAGGAUCAGUGUUAAGUGCAUAAUGCUAAAUCACUUUGUUACAGAGUUUCCUUUGGUAGGUAUUAAACCUCUAUAAAAUAUCUGACUCUUGGUAUUUUCAAAGUUCUCAAUGUAAUAUACUGCCCACAACAUGCUGUUUAGAUGCCUGUAGAGAAUUGACAGUAAGUUAAUUCUAAACUAACAAGAUUUGUUAAUGUAAACUUUCUGUUGAACCCGUUUCCUGACUUAUGGAUGGAAGAACUGAAUUUGCACAGAACUGUUAAGUCUGCUUUUGUUUAUAAUAUGGAACAUGUCACUUGAAGUGUUGCUUUGAAGUUCUGCCUUUUCUACUGUAAUAAAUACCUUAAAGGAGCAAUCCGUCAGAAUGAAA